ACAGACUGCGAAAACAAGAUGGACCCGAGUGGGGGUCGGUAUCCUGCUAUCAUGAGCCUACCAUAUUCUGUUUUGGGGAAGCUGGCGGGUAUUCUGGACGGUGCCGCCGUCCAUAACUGGAAGACGCUCGUCGAACAGUUACCUGAGUAUACUCAGAGCGACGCCAUACUGUUCGCCACAGAGCAGCAGCAGGGACGCAGCCCCACCAUGGCAAUCAUGUCAGAGCUUGACAGCAGAGGGUGGUCUGUUGUUGAUCUAGCUCAGCUGGCUCACAAGGCUCGACUGGGAAUCGUUGUGGAUAUCAUCAAGGAGCACUGUAGAGCCCAGGGCUGGUCUCUUCCUCUCCCUCCUCCCUCAACCCUCCAUUCUGCCAGGGAGUGCAAGCGAAGGCCUUCCUCUCCACCUAAACCCACUCCUCCAACCACACCCACCGCACGCAAAGAGGCUCUGGAAAAGUAUAAUUCAGCGUUUGCCUCCACUCCAGAAGAGGCUGAAUCUCUGGAAGUGUCUGCUGUUCCCUACCAGACCAUUCUCGCUGCCACUGCUGACUUCUCUCCUCGCCCUCUUGCUGAAGGUGGCCACAAACUGGGAGAGGGAGGGUCAGGAGAGGUGUUCCACUGCUCUCUCUCCAUUUCUGGUAGCCAGGAGAGAAUUGAGAUUGCAGUGAAAGUUCUGCGGAGAGAUCCAGAGGGGAGUGAGCGAGCCAUGUGGCACAGUCAGUUCCUGGCAGAAAUGCAAGCCCUCUCGGGACUCCGCCAUCCACAUCUUCUGCCUGUCCUGGGGUUCAGCUGUGAUGGACCUCGGCAGUGCAUUCUUUACCCCUACCUGCCAAGAGGGUGUCUUCUUCCCUACCUUCCUCACCCCGACUCCCUUACUCCUCCCAGACGACUGAGAGUUGCCUGUCAGGUGGCCAGUGCACUCCAGUUCCUCCACACUGGCUGUCAGAAGGUCUUCAUUCACAGAGAUGUCAAAAGUGCCAACAUCUUGCUAGCAGAAGACUGGACUGCUAGUCUAGGCGACUAUGGAGUACUGAGGGCCCAGCCCUCCUCUGCUACUAUGGUAACCACCACAGUGGCUGGGACGACAGAGUAUAUGGAUCUUGACUACCUGCGAGGGGGUGUGGUUUCAGCAAAGACAGAUGUGUACUCAUUUGGAGUGGUCCUGUUUGAGCUGUUGCUAGGGACAGCAGCAGCUGGACCAGUCUGUUACCAUGGAAAUAUUGAGAACACAGACAUUAUAUCAUUUAUAGAGGGAUUUGAGGGUGACGUGUGCAGCAUAUUGAUUGGUCAGUGGCCAGAGGGUGUUGGUCAGGCCUUGUGGCAUCUGGCUGAGCAGUGUCUUGAGGAGAGAACUGUUCGUCCUACUUCAACAGAGGUGCUCGCAGUGCUUCAAGCCCUCAAACAUUCAUAGCAACUAUAUACCCAUUUUUGGAUCAUUAUUUUAAAAACCAA